AUGGGUGUCAGAGGAAAAAGAGAUUUAGUUGCCAUGGAUGAGCAGUUGUUCCUUCGCUGGAAUGAUUUCCAGCAAAACUUUGCGGUUAUGUUCCAGAAGAUGCAGGAGAGUGAAGAUUUUGUUGAUGUGACACUGGCAUGUGAUGGAUCUAGCAUUGGAGCCCACAAAAUGGUUUUAGCUGCAUGGAGUCCCUACUUGAAGAAGCUCCUGAAAUCAAACCCCUGUACUCAUCCUAUUGUUGUGCUAAAUCAUGUAUAUUUUUCUGACUUGGUUCUUCUCAUCAGAUUCAUGUAUCAAGGAGAGGUAACUCUGUCAGAAGAGCAGCUUGCAUCCUUCCUUCGAACAGCACAGAAUCUGGAAAUACGUGGUCUCACUCAGUUCACACAUGGAAACAAAAGUGAAGAUCGCAGCAAGACUGCCACCUCUUCACAGACAAGCUCCAAGAGGGAGUCUGACCAAAGAAGUUCUGUGUCCUCCAAACGUUUCAAGAGUCAAGAUCUUUCUGUGAAGACAUAUCCUCUGGAAAGUCCUGAUGAGGAUGAUGCUACUGAGCUCAUAACACCCAAAAUAGAAAUCACAGAGGACAUUAGUGAAAAUGGUGGGAGCUUUGAGAAUCAUCAUGAUGAACCUAUGUCUGAAAAAUGCCUCAGUGAUGAAGUAACCACACGAAUUCCAAUUCAUACAUUCCCUUCAGUGCGAAAAGAUAGAAAACUGAAACUACGUCAUGUUGCUAUUGGUACUAUAGAUACCUCAGAUGCUACAGCUGAGGCAUCUUGUGCCCAACCAAGAUCAGAGAGGAAAACUCUUCCAAAGAAUAUUGAACAUUUGGAGCAUGUUGUGGAAAGCCAGUUUCCUUCAGAAGACGAUGUGAAGGUGUGCAACUUUCCAUGUCCUUUCUGUGAUAAAGAGUACACAAAUUGGGGAUUCAGGCGAAGGCACAUCAAAGCCUUACACACUGUGAGCUCCCAUUUGCCAUGCAAAUGGUGUUAUGCAAUCCUUCCAACUCAUGAAGAAUGGGAAAAGCAUGUAAUUGCAGACCAUAAUGUCCAGCCUUGUGAUGCACAGAGUGCACUCAUGAUACUUGAUGAAGCAAAUAUGGUCUUGCAGAAUCCUCAUCCUACCAAAUUAGAUGUGAUCAUUAACAAACUACAAAAGUCCUCCUCAAGCACAGAUGGAGAGAAGUCUGGACGUGAUGAGAAAUCAAGUAGAAAAGAAGAUUCUUAA